ACUCGCUCUUCGACCGCCUCGCAGGCAACACCGACGAACUCGUCGUUUUUACCGAGAGUGAGAAAACUGGACUAAUGUGAAACAGAGAAUUAAAUAUUUAAUUAAAAAAACAAUAUUUAUUGAAAAUAUUUAUACGAGAAAGAUUUUGGAUUUACAACAAUCUCAAGAAAAAUCAGAAGUGCUCUCUAUAUGUGAACUACUGUAACAGAACGUGAUUCAUAUUUAUUUUCGUCUGUUAAAAAAAAAUAAAAUAAAAAAGGACCUAUCGGGGAUUUCAACGCAGCUCCGGAUACUUAUCACAAGAAAUAUUCGUCAUGUGGAUACCGAGGAUGACGCUGCCGGCCGCAGUAAUAUCUAUAUGUGCCCUGCUGGGCGUGGCCACUGGCAACGAAGGACCCGUGGCUUCACUACAAGAGAAAUCUCCUGUUUACUUCCCAAUUUUGCCCGAAGAUUUCAAGGACUUCGGAAUCAAGAUCGAGGGAGGCGCCUUCCAUCCAAGAGGCGACAGAACUGGAAAGAAACUGGACAUGCCAGUGACGACGGCGAAGCCCACCACCACGACCGAUAAAUUACCCAUAAAUCCAGGGGGCGUCCUCAGUCACGUUGCUCAGGAGGCCAUCACUGAACCUCCAGGCCCAUCCUACCUCACCGACUCCUACUACUACUUAGACGACCACACCCAAUCCCCGGGAUCGCACGAGCACUCCGACGAAGGGCAUGGCCACGACCACGGGGACAUCAGCGAAAUCAUUGCGUUGAUAGACCGGGAGAGCGAAAAUUUCGGAGCUCAGGCCCUCCAGAACUUAGCUACUGUAAGCAGACAGUCUCACGGAGUGAGAGAACCUUCGACUUUGGCUCUGUCAUCCCCAUCGGAGCCAUCAGAGGCCCCAAGCCGACCAUCCAACAGAGUUCCUGCCCGUUAUACCACACCCGCUCCCCUACCCACCACAGCCAAAACAACCACUACAACAACAACAACAACAACUACAACCCCAGCUCCUACAACAACAAGAGCCCCUACUACCAGAGCUUCCCCUACCCCUGCAGCGCUCUCCGGCAUCCCUAACAAGAAUGUGAAACUCAGACCAGCAUAUACUCCCAUUCCUACCCCAGCCCCCACGGCCAUUUCGACUGCUCCGACUCCCCCGAAUUCCUACAAGACCCCGAGCCAGAGGCCCUCAACCCGUAGCCCGAACCGUAUCGCUUCCAAGGCGACCACGAGGAUCUCCCUCCCAUCCACUACAACAACAACAACAACGACCACGGCCGCCCCCCAACCCCCGAAGCAGACUUAUGGCAGACCCGAUAGAUUGGCCUCGAGGAGGCCGCAGGCUUUCGAGUCCUCCAGAAUCUCCAAGACGACUUCGAGUCGCUCAUCAUCUCCAUCUCGCAGACCAACUGGCGCCCCAAAAUCGACCUACCGCACGCCCACGCCGCCCACAGUGUCCUCCACCACGCCGGCAGCCCCUACUACUACCAAGGCCACUAGUCCUAGUCCUAGUGCUAGUUCUAGGUCGUUUGGGGACAGAGCGUCCCAGGGUAGCGCCCCGAGACGGCAGUAUCUAACAGCCGUGACCAAUAGUCCUAGUGACUCUCCGGUGUACCGUACCUCGACUAAAGCGUAUAGGGCGCCAUCUUCGCUCUUCCACAACAGGGGCGCUACUACCACAGUUACAGCUCCAGCGCAACCAGAUUUCGUUCAAUCAGACGCAAACAUCUACGUUCCGCUGGAAUACGACGAGGAGGCCAUUCCAGGGGAAGCUGGAGUAGACUACCCCAACUUCAGAAAUAUUCCGGAUACGUCGUUCACCUGCUCCGCGCAGGAGCAUCCGGGGCUCUACGCUGACACAGAGUCUCGGUGCCAGACCUUCCACAUCUGCCAGGAGGACGGGCGGCAGGACUCGUUCCUUUGCCCCAACGGAACCAUCUUCAACCAGCAGUACUUCGUGUGCGACUGGUGGUACAACUUCUCGUGCGACCACGCCGACAGGUUCUACUCCCUGAACGCCUUCAUCUACGAAAUUCCCGAGAGCACGAAAUACGAAAGGAAAUAACGCUCAUGAAUGCUCGUUAGAUAUAUAUAUAUGGUGAUUUAUACUGUACUCUUAAGGUUCGUUUUAACGAGGUUGUUUCGGCUGGGGAGAAAAAAAAGAAUCUGCGAAAAUGAGGGUUAAAUUGUUAUUUUUUUCCCCAACGAAGACAGGUAUGCUAAUCAACUCGAAAAAAAAUUUGCAUUUAAUAAAUUGAGAAUUAUUAAUUUAACAGAGAAAUCAAACGUGGAGGUAAAUUCCAACGAGUUUCACACGUUUUAAUCAGCUGUUUGAAAAACACGAUGCGUUUCAUUCAAUCGUGUUUCAUGUUUCACUUCAGUUUCAUUUCGUAUUCCUUGACUCUGACGAGCUGCCUUAGUAAUUGUACGGGCUGCUCUAUGAGCAAGAGCCCAUGCUGGCAUAAGGCCAGCUAAAUCUACAUGUAAAACAACAACUGUACAUAGUCCUAUGAGUGUUACACUAGGAUCAAGCUCAUUCAAAUUCUUUUUCUUUUUAUAUAUUUGUGUAUAGAAGAGCCCAUUUUUAUUUUUGUACGACACUUAA